GUACAGUAGUCUAAUACAGUAACACUUCUAGUGCGGAGAGCCAGAGAUCAUUCACAAAGCUUCACUGUGCAAGUAGGCUGCACGUUACGGUCAAAUGGAGGUGAAUACCUAAAAAUUUAGCUUUUGAACAUCUUCCUCCAAAGUUCUCAUCGUUUACAGCGAUGUUUCGGAAUCUUUAGUAGCUUAUCGCUGUUGCGUUUUAUAGAGUCUGAAUGAAGAGGAUAAAGACAGAGACGGGCCAGCGUCGGCGCCGGUAGUGAUAGGGGGCAUGGUGUUGGAUAUAAAUUGCAGCCCUUCGGUUGCUGCUAAUAGCGGGACAACCACUCCUGGAAAGAUCGUCUACACAUUGGGUGGUGUGGCAAGGAAUAUAGCUGAGUGCAUGUCAAAGCUUGGAGCAAAGCCAUACUUAAUAAGCGCUGUAGGAUCUGACAUGGCAGGAAAUUUGCUAUUGGAACACUGGAAACAGGCAGGGUUAUGUAUAGAAGGUAUUCUUAGACAUCAUAGUAUUGAGACUCCGUCAGUUUGUCACAUUUAUGAUAGUAAAGGGGAAGUGGCAGCCGGUGUUGCUAAUGUUGAAGCUGUUGAGAAACAUCUCACAACCACAUGGAUACAUAACUUCAAAUCCAACAUUUUGUCUGCCCCAGUUUUGCUUCUAGAUGCAAACUUGAGUUCUUCUGCUCUGGAAGCAUCUUGCCGACUUGCAGCUGAAUGUAAUACUCCAGUAUGGUUUGAGCCUGUCUCAGUUGUGAAAUCUAGAAGAAUUGCUUCCAUUGUCAAUCAUAUUACUUUUGCAUCACCAAAUGAAGAUGAACUUAUAGCCAUGGGAAACACAGUCUCUGAUGCCGAGAAAUUCCACCCAAUUAAAAAGGGUUGCCCUCCUUUAUCAAUAGAAACUAUGUUUCAAAUGCUAAAACCUGCAAUUUCAGUCCUACUGCACAAAGGCAUCAAAGUAUUGAUUGUGACUAUUGGUUCGAAAGGUGCAUUUUUAUGCUUCAGGGGGAUGAUGGGUAGCAUCAAGAAACUUGUUGAUUUGAAAGGAAACCAAACCCCAUCAUUUAGCAAAGAAUUAAUUGAAGCAGUGACAUCAAAGUGCCCCCAUAACCACUUCUUUAAUUCUUUUAGACUCGAGUCAAGGUCCAAUAUGUGUGCUGUGUAUUUUCCGGCACUUUCUACAGCAUCAGUGGCAAGACUUACAGGAGCAGGUGAUUGCUUGGUUGGUGGGACCCUUGCAUCAUGGUGUGCUGGUUUAGAUUUCAUGCAAAGUUUAGCAGUUGGGAUUGCAGCUGCUAAAGCUGCUGUCGAAGUCGAUACCAACGUGCCAGUUCAGUAUUCAUUAGCUAAACUUGCAGAUGAUGCGGGGGUUGUAUACGCUGGUGCCAGACCGAUCUUCUGCCCUUCCAUGCUGUAGGUUGCAGCUGUAGAGCAUUUUAGCUUAUGUAAACUUAAUUAUUCAACUUUAUACUUCAAUAAUAUGUUGGAAACCAGUAUACUAGUGAAAUGUUGUCAAGUAUAUUAGUAAAAUGUUGUCUCCUAAGUCGUAACCAAGCAAUAAGGACGAAGACUUCAGGUUUUAAGGUUCAUUGUUAAAUUCUCGGGGGUGAAGCCCGUCCUAGAUGGCAUGCACCUUAAGGCCUAACUCUCGGGGCAUGCAAUGCAAACAACAAGAACGAAUGAAGCCUAGGGCCGACGUCACUGGAUCAAGGGUUAGAGUUCCCAGGUGAAAGGAUGGCUCUCCAUUUACAGGUCUUAGAAGGAUUGCCUUGUGUAUGAAUAGGAUACCACCGUCAGCAAUAGAUCCUUCACCUUUAACUCCUUUAAGAGGAUGCCACCUGUACACAAGAGAGUGUACACUUGAGAAUAUUGAUUGACCCCUUAUCCUCCAGAAAAGGGCUACAAUUGUUUCCAUAACAAGAGAUUAACCCGCCAUUGUUGUAAGCUAUAAGAUAGC